AUGAAUGCCGGGGAAGAGAAUCUGCUGAAGUCCAUCAGCAACGACACUUUACUGGACCUGACACAGCGAUACGGCCAGUCCGCCUUCGGCUUUGGACCUGGCCAGGUUACUGGAAGUCCUGGAGGGCGAUAUCCUCUCACACCGGCCGCCGACUUCCUCUCCGGUCAGACAGGCAAGUCCAACGAGAGUGGCGGGGAGCAGACCAGCGAUGACGACGACGACCGUUUUGACCCUCUGGACCCCCGGAAGAGGGGCUCGGCAUUCGACGAUGACAAACACGGGGGUCCUCUUUCCAAGAAGCCCAAAGAGCAGCGGUCUCUGCGCCUGAGCAUCAAUGCGCGCGAGAGGAGACGGAUGCACGACCUGAACGACGCACUGGACGGCCUCCGCUCUGUGAUCCCAUAUGCGCACAGCCCGUCGGUGAGGAAACUGUCCAAAAUAGCCACUCUCCUCCUGGCAAAGAACUACAUCCUCAUGCAGGCACAGGCUCUGGAGGAGAUGAGGCGGCUGGUGGCUUAUCUGAACCAGGGACAGAGCAUCACCUCGCCCAUCCCCACACCUAUUGCACCCUUUGGACAGGCUGCCGUAUACCCCUUCACGGGCUCGGCACUCGCCACCUGCGCCGAGAAAUACUCGGGGACACCUGCAAGUCUCUUCAAGCACCAUAACGACAAGCCUUGA